AUGACUGAACCGGUGAUAGGUCGUGGGCGAGGACGUGGUCGUGGACAAAGUUCCUCUUCGAUCGCUCCUCCAUCGCCUUCUUUGUCAAAUACAUCAUUAACACCCGUCACAACCACAAGUGAAAACCCUGCUACAUCGUCUGAUGAAGGUAUUGCAUCGUCAAUACAAACAUUGAAUAUUACACAAUCUACUACGGCAAUAAAAAGCUUAGUACCACGUGGACGAGGACAAUUUAAACGAGAUGUACCGCCGAGUGAACCAGAAAUAACAAUACCUGUUCGCCAAUCAGAAAUAACAACGAUCGACGAUGACACAUUAGAUAUUUCUAAAAGAGCUGUAACAACAACUAAUCAGUCACAAAUAACGUCAGUCAACGACACACUAGUCACUACUUCUCAAAUAACAACAACAACAACCUCAUCAGUCAUAUCUAAGAAACCUGGUCGUUCUUGUUUUAUUCCUGCUAAUGAAAGUUCAAAAUUUAUGGUGUCAGAAUUAACUUCAAAUCAAUUUUUAACGAAUGUUCGUCCAUUAAAACCAAAAGAACCGGGUAAAUUAGGUCAGGCUAUAGAAGUGAUGGUCAAUUAUUAUCCAGUAACACAGUAUCCAAAAAAAGGCAUCGUAUAUCAGUAUCAUGUUGAUAUUAAAAGUGCAAAAGAUGUUGAAUUACAAAGUUCAAGAAGAAGGGCAAUAUACGAUAGUUGGAAAAAAAUAAUGCAACAUAACAUGAAUAUGAAUAUCGAAUAUCGAAUCGUAUUCGAUAACAAUAGCAUUAUUUUAUCAUUAGAUCGAUUGACAGACAUCGAUAAGAAAGAAAAUUUUAAAUUUAUAAUUCAUUUAACUGAUGAACCAAUUGAUUUUGCAGAAUUAGCGUUACAGGAAAAAUCCGAGAAUUUCAAACGCUUAAAACAAGUAUUAUCUAUCGUACUACAUGAACAAUGUUCGUCAACAGCCUUGUUUGCUAGUAAACGUGCAUUUUAUUCAAUUCCAACUGUAGGAAAUGCUUUUGAUCUUGGUGAAGGCAAAGCAUUGUGGCGUGGUUUUUAUUCAUGUCUAAUGUUUUCAAAAGGAAAUCAUAAACUAUUAGUGAAUUUAGACGUUAGUCACUCGUGCUUUUUGAAGAAACAGCCAUUUCUUGAUUUUCUACGUGAAGUGAUGGUGAAAAGUCCAUGUGGAGUCUACGAUGGUAGAGGAAGACGAAUAGAGAAAGUGACAAUAGAAGAUUGCAUAAACUAUUUAGAUCCAGUAAUUAAUCAAGCAUAUUAUCAGGGUGAACUAAAAUUUCUUACUAAACUUUGUAAAGGCAUGAGAGUUCGAGCGAAUCUUGCAGAUAAAAAGAUUAUUUAUACCAUCGACUCACUUGGACAAUCAGCGUCGAUUCAAACAUUUCCCUGGAAAAUAAAACAAAAAGAGAGUACAGUAGAAGAAUAUUAUCGAGAGCACCAUAGUCACACUUUGCGUUAUCAUCAACUGCCCGUAUUGAAAAUGAAAAAUAAUGCGUAUUUACCCAUGGAGCUUGUUGAUGUUGAACCAGCUCGUGUGCAAAAAAUAAAUGAUGAUCAACGUGCAACUAUCACACAAAAGACAUCAGAAAAACCUUUCGAGCGUAUACGACAAAUAAACUACGUACGAGGUAAAGAACAAAAGUUUGAGGAAGAUCCAUUUGUUAGAGCAUGGAAUUUAAAUAUUAAUGCUGAUAUGUUAAUUAUAUGGGCACGUGUGUUACCAAUGCCCACAAUACAUUAUACUAGAAACUAUGAAGUUACCGAACGAACUAAUCGUGGAAAGAAAGGCGUAUGGGAGGCUCAAGGAGAGUUUUAUAAACCGACACCAUUUCCUGAAUGGGGUAUGAUCAAUAUGACUGAUUUAUCUCAAAGCGAUUGCGAGGCAUUUUAUGAUGUAUUUGCAAGAACAGCUAAAGAACGUGGAAUCACUUGCCCACCGCCAUCAUUAUAUGAACAAUUUUGGAAUCAUCAAGAACGUUGUUCAUCAGAUAUUGAUCAGAUUAGCCAAUUCUUAAAAAAAGUUAUGGAGAGGACUGCUGAUUAUAAAUUUCUUCUAUUUAUUUUAAUGGAUAAUAAUAAACAUCAGUAUGGACCAUUAAAAUCUUUGUGUGAAUUAGAUUUUGGCAUCGUGACACAAAUGUUAAAAAGGAAAAAUGCGAGAAAAGGUACUAAGAGAAAUCCAACUGAGUGGAAUCAUUCUCUUAUUAAAAAUUUAUUAUUAAAAGUUAAUCCAAAAUUAAAUGGAACCAAUUCCAUACUAAAACUUGACCCUGAUAGUAUUAUUGCUAAUUUUUUUUCUGCUGGACAUGAUAUUAUGUAUUGUGGUGCUGAUCUCUCACAUGCUCCACCUGGAUCGCUUAAUCGUGAUUCUGUUGUAGCCGUUGUGGCAUCAUCUGAUGAUAUACCAAAUCGUUAUUUCAAACAGCUUCGUGUUCAACAUCGUCCACCACAAGCCAAAGGUCAAAGUUGGGAAUAUAUUGUCGAUUUGGAAGAUAUUAUGCAUCAACUAAUUUUACAAUAUUAUAAAUAUCGUAAAUCACCACCAAGGGCAAUUGUAUUCUAUCGUGAUGGAAUUUCAGAGAGUGAAUUUGAUUCUGUGUUUGAAAAAGAAUUAUAUUCUAUACGAACAGCAUGUGUUCGCAUAUGCGAAGCAUAUCGACCAUACAUCACCUAUAUUGUUGUACAAAAACGUCAUCGAACACGAUUUUUUCCUGGUACAAAUGAAAAUGUUCAAGCUGGAACGGUGGUUGAUUCACAUGACGUUACACAUCCUUUUAAAUACGAUUUUUUUUUAAACAGUCAUUAUGGACAAUUGGGAACAAGUCGUCCAACUCAUUAUCAUGUUUUAUAUGAUGAUAAUCGAUUGACACCCGAUAAAGUUCAAAUGUUAACGUAUGCUCUAUGCUACACGUAUGCUCGAUGUACAAGAAGUGUGUCUAUACCAGCACCCGUCAAAUAUGCUGAUUUAUUAGCACUUCGAGCCGCAUAUUAUCUCAGACUAAAUGAAAUGUCUGAUACUGAAUCGAUUGCAUCUGGUCGACCAUUAGUUCCAUCGGGUCAAGAAAUCCAAGCUCUUACUAUUAUAACAAGCGAUCCAAUCCUGUUAAGUGAAAACCUAGCACCUGAUUCGCCAUUUUUUCUAUAA